AUGCCCGGUACUGCUACCGCACCAGUCGACGAUGCACUGGAAGACCAGCCGAACGUGAAGCUGCUAAAGUACAUCAAUUCACCGCAGUUCUCGCUCUACAGUUGCAUCGAAUUGUUGUGCAAACAUGCCAAUAACGUCGGGAUCCACUACUACCUGUGUCAGAAACUGCUUACGUUCCCACACAGCGAGUUGCAAUUCUACAUCCCGCAGCUCGUGCAAGUGCUGCUGACCAUCGAAUCCGAGUCCCUCGCAUUGGAGGACUUGCUGCUGAAACUGAGGGGGGAGAACCCACACUUUGCAUUGUUGACCUUUUGGCAACUACAGGCGUUGCUGACGGACCUGUCUACAGACCCGGCAUCUUACGGAUUCCAAGUCGCGCGCAGAGUGCUCAACGCUUUGCAACAGAGCCUGUUUAGCAUAUCGGACGAGGAACCAAAAGUGGAAAAGAUGCACGAGAACGUCGCACCUGCACUCGUCCUAUCCUCCAUGAUGAUGUCAUGCAUGGCGUUCCCACCACUGACAGAAUACACGAAACCGUUGAUCGAGUCCCAGGGGAAGAGACAGAAAUCGUACGUCUUCAAACUCGCUAGGAACGCAAUGAAGGAUCUGACAAAGAACCUCACUUUAAAGAACACGUUGCUCAACAAGGCACUGUCCAAGUCCGCAAAGCGGAAGUCUCUGUCCGGGUCCCCCAGUUUUGCAUCCACGGGCGUAUUUACAAGCCCAGCGGUGCACAGCGUGGACCUCGUGGAGGGCACAAAGUCGAGAGAGGACGUUCUGUUUAGGAAACCUAAGAACAGGGUCAGCGAGACGACGGUGCUUGACUUUAACAUGGUCGAUGAUGUCGGGAAUCAAGUGUACGAGGAGAAAAUUUCGACGUCCAUCAGACUGCCCAAGCGGAAAUCGAAGUACAUGGACGGAUCCUUUGUCCACAGAACGUACGAGGACAAGGCUAUAGGGGAGAACCAGUCGACCCCAGCGGCACUAUUGGACGACAUCACAGAGCGUGGGGCCACAGACACGGAGAAUGAGACGGACCUUGCAGAGGAGAGCGACGGGGACGCUACGGAACGGCCAGACUUGGCCAACCACACGCAGUUCACGAACUCAAUGCCCGAUUUACACCAGGCAAUGCGUGUGAAAUCUAUGACACCAUUGAAGAAGGUGAACUCUGAGAAACCCUCGAUCAAGAGGUCGAGCACGCAACCGGAGUCACACUAUGACCAACUUAGAAAAAGAGAAAACUCAAAGGACUUGGUCGCUCCCGUGGACAUCUCGACUCUUUCUACGACGAAGAAGAUUAAGAUGCUCAAGGCCAACUAUUUCCGCUGCGAGACCCAGUUUGCCAUUGCACUGGAGUCGAUCUCACAGAGACUGGCCCAAGUCCCUACUGAGGCUAGACUGAGCGCCCUUCGUGCAGAACUGUCGCUCAUGAACAGAGACCUCCCCGCAGAGGUGGACAUUCCAACGUUGUUACCUCUGAACAAGAAGGGUAAGCUGCACAGGUUGGUGCUGAUCACGGCAAGCGAGGCUCAGGUGCUCAAUUCUGCAGAGAAGGUGCCAUACCUGUUGCUGAUCGAGUACUUGAGGGACGAUUUCGAUUUUGACCCGAUGUCAGAGACUAAUGAGGCAGUACUGAGGAAAAGCUCGCAGAGCAACGCCCCCCUGUUCGAUCUGAACUACUUGAACAGGAAACGGGAUAACAAUGACUUUGUCUCGCUGGGGAGUCCGUUUUCUGUGUCAAGUGGCAUCCUUGGAGAAAACGGAAACAGUGCUGCUCAAACAGAACAGACUAUUGCGACAUCGUCUAUUCCUAGUUCGACGGGGGAAAUGGAUCUCGGAGACAUGUCCAUGAUCAAAAUUAAAAACCAAACGGAUGCAGAAGCGUACAGGAAAUCUGCUGUCUUACAAACGGCAGGGAAAGUGCCCAUGCUCCCAGAAAACAAGACCAAGAGAUCCAGGGAAUUAGAUUUUGUUUCCGACAUCAAUGACGUGGUCACCGCCACAGAUGGCGUCAGUCGACGAAACUCAAAGGAGGCUGCUGAUGAGACGGACGCGCUUGCGGAACAAAUGCGGCUGUCGUCGCUGAUGCUAAACCAGCUGAAGUUGAUGCCACCAGAGCUCGCCAAUUCUUCCAACGAAAUUAUGAGCGACAUCAUCUCGUCCAUGCAGCAAGUUCAGGAUAAGUUUGGGUACCGCGACCUUGAGGCCAUUGAUAGUAAAGCUGGUGAACGUCGGUUGGAGAACGAUAUGAUGACCGGUGGUAUUGACACCUCAUACUUGGGGGAGGACUGGCAAACUAAGAAGGAACGGAUCAGAAGAACAUCUGAAUACGGCCACCUGGAAAACUGGGACCUAUGUUCCGUCAUUGCGAAAUCAGGUGACGAUCUGAGACAGGAAGCGUUUGCGUGUCAAAUGAUCCAGGCGAUGGCACAAAUAUGGACCAUAGAGAACACCGAUAUAUGGGUCAAAAAAAUGAAGAUUCUGAUAACGAGUGCCACGACGGGUUUAGUGGAGACCAUCACGAACGCGAUGUCGGUGCACAGUAUCAAGAAGUCUUUGAGCAACAAGCUCCUGGACGAUAAGGACAAUAAGGAAGGUAGGAUUGUGACGAUCCAGGACCAUUUCAUCUGUGCGUUUGGUGGUAGGGACGACUUUAGGUUUCGGAGAGCGCAGGACAACUUUGCGUCCUCACUGGCAGCGUACUCGCUAAUAUGUUACAUUUUGCAAGUGAAGGAUAGACAUAACGGUAACAUCAUGAUUGAUAACGAGGGCCACGUUGUACAUAUAGAUUUCGGGUUCAUGCUGUCGAACUCGCCCGGGUCCGUUGGGUUCGAGGCUGCGCCUUUCAAGCUGACGCAGGAGUACGUUGAUUUGAUGGAUGGUCCAGAGGGCAAACCAUACAAGAAAUUCGUCCGGCUGAUGAAAAGCGGAUUCAAAGCGCUACGGAAGCACUCUAGUCAAAUAGUGUCCAUGUGUGAAAUCAUGCAGAAGGACAACAUGCAGCCGUGCUUUGCAAUUGGAGACCAGACGAGCGUGCAGUUGGGGCAGCGUUUCCAUUUGGAGUUGAAGGAUGAGGAGGUCGACGACUUUGUCGAGAACUUUUUGAUAGGGAAGUCGCUGAAGAGUAUGUACACCAGGCUGUACGAUCAAUUCCAGCUGAUCACCCAAGGGAUAUACAGUUGA